AUGAUGAACGCCGUCGUCUUCAGAGGCGUGGAGGUGGGCGUCGUGGUGGAAAGGAGGCCGAUUCCGAGGGCUGAUAAGGGGAGCGUCGUCGUCAAGGUGCGGUAUGCGGGACUGUGCGGAAGUGAUCUCCACUACUACCGCGGCCUCGAGCCUGCUGGCGACAACCCUGAUUUUAUCAUUGGCCACGAGCUUACCGGUGUCAUUUGUGAAAUUGGUGAGGGCGUGCAGAACUUCCAGGUUGGAGACAGGAUUGUCUGUCCCUUCACUAUCAGCUGCGGCGAGUGCUUCUACUGCAAGCUUGAGCUCUCCUCUCGUUGCGUGAAGUCACAAUGCUUCGGCACUCCAGGUCUGCCUGGAGCUCAGGCUGAGUUUGUUCGCAUUCCCCUUGCCGAUUCGACCAUCUUUAAGGCACCCGAAGGCAUCAAGGACCAGAACCUGAUCCUUAUGGCUGACAUCUUCCCGACCGGCUACUUCGCCGCCUUCAACGCCGCCUCGCGCAUCCCGGAGCACCUGCCGCACGCAGCGACGGCCGUCGUCAUCGGCUGCGGACCCGUGGGGCUCUGCGCGCUGGUGUCGCUGCGGCACAUGCUGGGCGCCUCGGCGCGCAUCUUCGCCGUCGACAGCGUGUCGGCGCGCCUGGCGCGGGCCGCGACGCUCGUCAACGCCACGCCGCUCAACUUCCGCGAGACCAACGUCGCCCGGGCCAUCAAGGACGCGACCGACGGCCGCGGCGCCGACGCCGCGCUCGAGCUGGUCGGCCUGGAGCCCGCGCUGCGCACCGCGUUCGAGGUCGUCAGGCCGUUUGGCGUCGUGAGUUCGGUUGGUGUGCAUAAUGGGAAGGGUGGGGUUGGCUUUACGGGCGCGGAGGGGUACGAUAAGAAUAUUCAGCUGGUUAUGGGGAGGUGCCCGGUGCGCUCGAUCUUCCCGCAGGCGUUGGAGGUGUUGAAGGAGAAUGAGAGGCUGGUUGAGUGCCUGACGGAGCGGAUGGUACCGUUGGUCUCGGCGCCUGGAGCGUACAAGAGGUUUGAUAGGGCGGAGGUGCAGAAGUUUAUAUUCAAGGUGGGGCCUUAG